GACAGUUUAUUUGACCUAUUCAUGAAUAUUGACAAAUAACGAAGUCAUUGUGUUCUAAGCGGCGGAGAGUAAUGCAAUAUGGCGUCUGUUUGGCAACAAGUACUAGCUGUAGAUGCAAAAUUUAAUGCUUAUCGCGCACCGAAUUGCCCACAGUUCAGAACCUUGUACAUUCGAAGAAGAAGUCAGUUACUGAGAGAGAAUGCCAAAAAUGAGAGAGAUUUACAAGCACGUAGAGACUACUUGCGCCUCAGAGCUCAACUGUUGAAUGCACGAUAUGGAAGCCCCUCUUUUUCUGACGCUGGGAGUGUUAAAAGUAGGUCAUACAGCUUGCGCAGCAUCAGUCGCAAUACAGCAGAGAGCUUUGAUCCAGGUAGCGAUAGUCGGAAGUACCAUCACAGGCGGCACAUGAGCAGCAGCUUCAAAUAUUUGUAUGAAGGUCCCAUGAAGCAUGUCUACGAUAGCAUUGAACUUGUCCCAACCUUUGCAGCUGAAGCUAGCAAAGCCAUGGCUGGGGGGAAGACUUUGUCAGAGAACUAUGCAUUCAGUGGCAUGCAUCACAUUUUUGAUCAGCAUAUUGCAGCAGUAACAACAGUGAAGUUUGCCAAUGAUGACAAAUCACGCAUUGCAUGUGCAUCAGUGGAUAGCACCCUGUCCAUCUGCCAGGUCAUCCCCCCUGCAACAGUCAUCUGUAUUUUGAGGGGCCACAUGGCAGCUGUUAGUGACUUUGUAUGGUCUCUGUCCAACGAUGUCAUCUUGUCAGUGUCUCAAGAUGGCACAGCUCGACUGUGGGAUGUGGCAGCAGGAAGAUGUAUGCGGGUCAUAGAGGAUGGUAGUGGGGGACAACUCUUGACCUGCCUUUUUCAUCCCCUCAACAACAAUAUGUUUGUUACUGGGAACAGCAGGUGUCAGGUGCAGGUGAUGAACAUGUCAACAGGCAAAGGCUACAAGGGAGGCUGCAGUAAGGUCACAGGCAAAGUGCAUGCUUUGGCUUUUGACCCUACUGGCCAUAUACUGUGGGCAGGGGAUGAUCGGGGCUCCAUCUUCUCUUUCACUGUGGAUUUGGCAUCAGGCAAACUUACCAAAACACAUAGAAUAACUGUAAGUGAAGGCCACCCAGUCACCAGCAUAUCAGCACGAGCCUGGAUAAGCAGAGAAGCACGUGACCCAUCUUUGUUAGUCAACUGCUGUCUAAACUCUCUCUGCCUUUUCAGGGUUGUCACAGAAGAUGGUGCUCUUCAACUGAAGAGAACUUUUCCCAUUAAGCAGAGGACAAUGUUUAUCAAGAGUGCAUUCUGUCCCCUAAUGUCUUUCAGGCAAGGAGCAUGUGUCAUUUCUGGCAGUGAAGAUAUGUGUGUUUACUUCUUUGAUGUGACCAAAGAAAGCAAGUCCUGUGUGAACAAGUUACUGGGACACUCAGCACCUGUAUUGGAUGUAUGUUUUAACUGUGAUGAGAGUUUACUAGCAUCAUGUGAUGCUCAGGGAAUGGUCAUCAUCUGGAAACGUGAGGGCAAGCAAGGAGUGUUGUGAAAUGUCAUCGUUCUAAUCGUGUAAAUGCAAAGGUUCUCUCCUCCACCCCCUUGCCUACAAGCAUAUUCUCAUCUUUUGUCAUUUUAACAAGUGCCGUUGUUUGGUGGCUGGAUAUAGCUUCAGUCUGUGGUAGCACAAUGUUAUCCAAACAUUGAGGUUCAUAGAUCAUACAAAUAAUUUCUCUGUAAAAGGGGCAGUUUUUAAAAGGAGGUAGUAGAAAGCUCCUCAAUUAGGGUGAAAGACUAGCAGCCUGCAAAGAAAAAUAACUUGUAGAUGCCUUCUUUUUUAGGGGGAGGGGGGAAGGGUAUCUGUACCAGAAUAUCUCUUUAUUAAAACAUUUUGGUGUUUGCCAGUUAUCUUGUCACUGAAAAACCAGUCAGUAAAUUUGAUGGCCUGAAAUAUGUUGGUAGGUUUUUCAGCUUUGCAUCUGGUGUGCCUCUACUUCGAUAAAAAAAAUAAUAAACUUUCCAAUCAUGUAAAUAUAGAUAAAUCUGAUUAUAGUUGUUAUUUUUAAAGCAAAGAGAAGGGGUAUUGUCACAGUUUCUGAUGAAGGUGAUCUGAAAUUUCGAACCUUUCUGUUUUUGAUAGAUUGUAUCCACUUGCAAAAGAAGUUUGAUAUUGUGAGUAUUGGUGAGAUUUCAGAAGCAUGAAAGCAAAUCUCUGCUUCCAUGGGCAUAUUAGAAACUUUAAUGUUGUGUUUGCAGAGCACAUCCUAAUGAUGCUCCCCCAUCCCCCGAUUCACUGCUGGCUCAUGUGGAAAGUUAAAAAGAUGCACAUUGAAAUAUUAAUUACUUCAGAUAUGUGAAAGCUAUUAUUCUCCGUAGCAGGAAAUAAUAUUUCAGGACCUUUUUCUUUUUAGCCAUUCAACUUGCAGCCCAACAAAGCUCUCACCUCCAAGCAUUUGAGAAUUAAAACGAAAAGCAUGUAAGAAUGAGUGAUUGUGAGAGAAGGGGGAGAUAGAAAUGAUUCAUGUUGUGUACCUAUGUAAAUGCCGUUUAAAAUCAGAUAUAAGCCAAGCAUACUCCCUUCAUUAGUGUAUGUUUGUCAGCAAACAUACUCAAAUAAAGAUUAAAGGAGAGAAGCCUGUCAUUAGGUGAUUUUAUGGUCCAUAGUAGAAAGCAAUAUCAAUAUAUUUUCAUACAUCUUUAUCUAUAGGAGGAAUAAGCUGUGCAAUAUGUAGUGCAAUAUGAUGUUUGUACAUUUAAUUUUUUUAAUUGCACAUUUCUAUUAAAAAAGUAAAUGGUAAUUAUAUGUUGAGUUUCUGAGUUAUGGCAUGUGCAGAUUUGAUAGUUAAGAUAGAUGUUUUGUUCAGCCAUACCCUUUCUAUAAAUGGGAAUUUGUACACAUGGUUCUAUUCUCCCUAAAGAGAUGCAGGCCUUGCCAUAUAUAAUUAUCAUAAAACAUCUUGACUGUUAGAGAAAAAAAUGCCUGCACUCAUGCACACAGGAAUUUUAUAAACAGCAAGCAAAGAUGCUUAGAACAGAUACACUUUAUUUACUGGUUUGGAAUGUUAGAUGUGUAGUCUUGCAAGGUGUAUUGGAGUGGGGAGGGGAGAGACGAUGGAUUUUGAAAACAAGUGACAAAAUACCAUUACAAAUAAACCGUAUACAUGCAGGCCUCCAUGUAAAGAGAUGUGAAUUUCCUGGGGGGUGGGGGGAAGUUAUUAAAACUGACAAUGAUUUAAAAAAAAA